UGCGUGUGUGUGUGUGUGUGAGGAAGCGGGGGGGAGAGAAAAAGAAAAAGAGCGAGAAACGGAGGAAGAAAAGGGAUCUGGGCUGCAGUUUGGUUGAGAUCUGAGCAGAGGAGCAGGAGCGCUAUUCAGCCCCGGAUUGAUCCUCUUCAUGUAGUUUCAGCUCGCAUGGAUAUUUUGUUGGGAUUUUAAAGAGGACAGAAAAAGAAAACCCCGAAGAAGUGCACUGACAUCUCAAGAAGACGGCGAGGAUCCUGACUUUUCUGGUGCAUUUUCUUGGGAUUAAAAUCGCAUCGAAGUGCCUCAUGCCCUACGUGCCGGUGUAAGAAAGUAGAUCUGAAGCUUGUUUAAAAGUCGGAAACUGUUUCAGGCUGCAAGUUUGCCGUCUCGGUUGCGAAGGCUGCUUUGGAUUAUGUUACUGAGCGUAUUAUGUUUUUAUGCAUUCUACUUUUUGUACUCGUUCGUAACAAACACAUAAACAGUCCAUUCCGCAGCGAUCCUGGACAAUCAGCCACAGUUUGAGCCGCUUCGCUUUAUUUACAGUGUGAUCGGUUAAAUGAAAAAUGAAAGCCUUCUGAUCGGAAUGCUGCAGUGCAUUUAUUGCGCGGUUUUGUUGUAGAUGCAACAAAAUAUCCUUCAGUCUAAUGUUGCGGUUUUGCCACCAAUGCUCGUCAGUUGGCUGUGCAUGCUUUGCACGGCAUUUCACCGUCAUUAAUGUUUUGCAACGACCGGAGAAGUGUGUGUAACAUUAGGAUAUCCGUACAAGAAUAAUAAUAAAAAAAAAACCUUAUAGAUUUUCAAGUUGUCGUAUGUUCAGGACGAAACGCUCAGGUCUUGUGCGGCGACUCUGGAGAAGCCGUUUGAUCCCAGAUAAAGAAGGGGAAGAUGGAAAUGGCAAAACUAGUGAGGGCUGUAGGGACGAUCUGUUCGGCAACAACCCAGAGAAAAUUCCCAAAACGGAGUUCAGACCGAUGACCCCUAGCGGGUCUCUUGUAGGGGACAUAGGGGGUGUGUGCCCCGUGGAGGGCAGCGGCUUGGGGGUCACCUCGGACCAAGAUGGGGGAGCGGUGUGCGUCCCGGAGCAGGGGAGCCCCCGCUCCUUGCAGGACAGUGAAUGCAGGACAGUGACGUGCUGCUUAUUCAAAGACCGGGACCACUCCGUGCUUAGGGGUCCAGAGACGGCUCAGGGUACCAGGGAUCCGGGGUCGUGUCACUUCGUGCUGCGGAGCCUCGGACCGGGGGACGGCGGCUCUCCCGAGGCGCAGGAGGCGAUGCCACGCACGGUGUUAGAGCAGGAACUGAAGGCGGCCACAUACUCGCUUUUAAAGAGGCUAAAAGAAAAGGCGCUGGAUACCUUACUAGAGGCCGUGGAGUCCAGAGGAGGGAUGCCGAGCGACUGUGUUAUGAUUUCCCGGACAGAGCUGAGGUUGGGCGGCCAUGUGGCAUCCCCACAGCUGCUCGUGUGUAAACUGUACCGCUGGUCUGACCUCCAGCACUCGGCCCAGCUCAAACCGCUCUGUGAGUGUAAGAGCUUUGGGGCCCUGGACAGUCCUACAGUAUGCUGCAACCCCUAUCACUACAGCCGGCUCUGUGGGCCAGAGUCACCCCCACCCCCUUAUUCGAGGCUUUCCCCUAAUGAAGAACACAAGCCACUGGAUCUGUCAGACUCCACAUUGUCUUACACUGAAACUGAGGCAGCCAGCUCACCAAACAUCACACCAGGGGAAUUUUCAGAUGCCAGUAUGUCACCUGAUGCCCCUAAGCAGAGCCACUGGUGUAACGUGGCGUACUGGGAGCACCGCACACGUGUGGGUCGCCUCUACACAGUGUAUGAGCACUCCGUCAGCAUCUUCUAUGAUCUACCUCAGGGCACGGGCUUCUGCCUGGGCCAGCUCAACCUGGAACACCGUAGCAGCACCGUUCAGCGUACACGAGGCAAAAUCGGCUACGGUAUCCUCCUCAGCAAAGAGCUGGACGGCGUUUGGGCGUACAACCGCAGCGAGCACCCCAUAUUUGUCAACUCCCCCACUCUGGACGUGCCGAACAGCAGAACUCUGGUGGUGCGUAAGGUGAUGCCGGGCUACUCCAUCAAGGUGUUUGACUAUGAGCGCUCAUGCCUCCUGAGGCACACCACGGAGGCCGACCUCCUGGAUGGACCCUAUGACCCCAACAGUGUGCGCAUCAGCUUUGCUAAGGGUUGGGGCCCCUGCUACUCAAGACAGUUCAUCACCUCCUGCCCCUGCUGGCUGGAGAUCCUCCUCAACAACCACAGAUAACACAGACGGACCCCACAAACUAUCCCAAAUAUCAUCUACCUAGAUUUAAUAUAAAGUUUUAUAUAUUAUAUGAAAUAUAUAUUAUACUUGUAAAUACGGAGUCAUUUUUACAAUGUAAUUAUUUAUGUAUGGUGCAAUGUGUAUAUGGACAAGAGGAAAAAAACGGAAAAUGCACUUUGGCUUAUAUAUAUUAUAUAUAUAUAUAAAUAUAUAUAAAAAUAAAGAAUCUUUCAAUACCAACUUGAGAAAUUAUACAGCAAAAUUAGGAUGAGCCUGGAUUUGGUGUAUAGUUUUCAUAUACUAUUAAUAUCCAGACAAAAAGCUAACACCAUUCACACAUUGAUAAUAAAGUAUUCGCAUAAUGA